AUGUCUUUUGAUGAUGAAGAACCCAUAAGCCUCUCGAGUCACGCCUUGGCCGCGUUGGCCGAGUUCCACGCCGAAAAGGAUGCCCAUGAAAAGACAUUCCAGAAGUUGAGGACCGGCGCCGCCCCUAGAGCCGGAGCCGGACUCGGGGUGGUUGAACCGGAGGACGAGGAUCCUGUAGCGGAAGAUGUGGACGACCAGCCGCUGAGCAUGGCCGCCUUCACGGAGGACUGGAACGAAUCGCAGUUUUGGUUCCUAGACGAAACUGCCUUGGCCCUCGCCGAUCAGCUCCUUGAUGGUGCAUCGUCGAGUUCAACGAUUGGUGUAGUGUCGACACCAAGUGUAUUCAUUGCACUUAAGAACCGCCUUAGAUUCUGGCCUGUCGAAGAUCGACCAAAGCUGGUGUUAUUUGAGCAUGACCACCGGUUUAGUGUCUUCCCUGAAUUCGUGUUCUACGACUUCCAACGACCUCUCCAACUUCCACUUAACCUCAAGGGCAGCUUGGACAGUGUUAUCAUUGACCCUCCUUUCUUCAGCAAUGAUUGUCAGACGAAGUUUGCUCUGACCGGUCGCUGGCUCAUUAAACCAAAGUCGCCCCGUGUCAUUGUCUGCACUGGCGAGCGAAUGGCUCCCAUCAUCGACAAGCUUUACAGCUCUGUUGGAGUCUACCCAACCACGUUUGAGCCUGCCCACGCAGGAUUGAGUAACCACUACUACUGUUACGCCAACUUCGAGAGCUCGACCUGGGACUGGCGACCGGAUGAAUCCGAUUAG